CAUUUGUUUCUCAAGGUAUAGGUUCACAAAGUUUUACCACACACAAAUGAGAUUUUCAACAUUAAAUAAGUGAUCAUGUUUUUGGCCAGUUUCACACAGAAUAAGAGAGAGUUCUACACAUAUACUUACAAGCACUGUCCUACAAAGAGAUAUGACACAAUUUGUAAGUUUAAAACAUAAUCAUAACCUCAAGGUGGUAUUGCUUUUCAUCUGGAAAAAGUUCUCUUUUAAAUAAUGUUUUCUAUUUAGCUUCAUGGUUAUGCAAUCUGUGGCAAAAUAAGAAAUCAGUGUUUGGGGUUUGAGAUAGAAAUGUAUUUGAUAAAUCUGUUUCUGUGUUUUUCUAAUCAUUUUCUUUAUUUUAUGUGAUGUCUUUCAUAUCAUUUUAGCUCCUUUUUGGGCAGUGUUUACCAUGAAACGUUUUGGCCUUAUCACUUCACGAAAGGCUGUUGUUUUCUGCUCUGUGGUAAUUCUUUUCAGCAUCUUUUACCAAAUGAAAAUAUUAUUCCCACACUGGUCCCAACCUGCUAUAAAGCAUGUCAUGACACAAGGAAACAACCAGUCUGUUGCUGUGCUGCCAAUUCCUUUGCCUCCAAGUUGUCGUUCAGGUUUCUACAGCAAAGAGGAGCUUAAACCCCACCUUCAGAGGCCUUUACAAGACCCCAUGGCACCAGGAGCAAAUGGCAAACCUUUUGUGUAUCGAAAAAUGACGCCAGUUGAACACCAAGAGUUUAUGUACGGGUUUAAAAAAACCCAAUUCAACCAGUUCGCCAGUGACCGCAUUUCCCUGCAUCGUAAUCUGGGCCAAGACACACGCCUACCAGAAUGCUUGGAACAGAAGUUUGAGCGUUGCCCUGGUCUUCCCACGACCAGUGUGAUCAUUGUGUUUCAUAAUGAGGCUUGGUCCAUGCUGCUGAGGACCGUCUACAGUGUGUUACACACCGCUCCAGCUGCCUUGCUCACUGAGAUCUUACUGGUAGAUGAUGCCAGCACAGAUGAUCAUUUGAAGGUUCAACUGGAUAAUUACGUGAAGCGGCUGAAAAUAGUGCGUGUGUUACGACAGAAGGAGUGGAAAGGACUGAUCAGAGCCAGACUGUUAGGGGCGCAGGUCGCUCGAGGAGAGGUCCUCACUUUCCUGGAUUCUCACUGUGAAUGCUUCCCUGGCUGGUUGGAACCUCUUUUAGCCCGUAUAGCAGAGCAGCCCACCGCUGUGGUGAGCCCACGAAUCAAUACAAUCAACAAGGAUAAUCUUGAGUUUGAAAAACCUCGCCGACACUAUUCUUUCAGAGGAAAUUUUGACUGGAGGCUCAAGUUUGGAUGGGAACACCUCCCGGAAGCAGAGUAUAAGCAGAGGAGAAAUGAGACAUAUCCCAUCAGAACCCCUACCUUUGCCGGUGGUUUAUUCUCUAUAUCCAAAUCCUACUUUGAGCAUCUUGGGGCAUAUGAUGAGCAGAUGGAGUUCUGGGGAGGUGAAAAUUUGGAAAUGUCUUUUAGGGUCUGGCAGUGUGGUGGUCAGUUGGAGAUUAUCCCCUGUUCAGUUGUAGGACAUGUUUUCCGCCACAGCCCACACACUUUCCCUAACGGCAGCAUUAUGAUCACCCACAACCUCGUCCGCCUGGCUGAAGUGUGGAUGGAUGACUACAAAUGGGUUUUUUACCGUGGAAAAAAAAUGGCUGCUUCCAUUUUUAAAGAAAACUCAUUUGGAGAUGUUACUGAACGCCAUAAACUCAGGAAGAGGUUAAAGUGCAUGGACUUCUCUUGGUAUCUCAACAACAUUUACCCAGAAGCCUAUAACCCUGACAUCAGCCCUGUCAAGCAUGGACGGUUGGAAUGCAGUGAUUUACAGUGUUACUUGCAUGCGACCCUGAAGUACACAAGGAAGAAAUGGCAAGAAGUCAGAAUGUUGUCCUGCAUCAGAAGUGAUAAAGCACAGUAUUUUGAGUACACGUCUCAGAAAGAGCUGCGUCUCAGUGCUGUCAAUGAAAUGUGUUUACAUGCAAACCCUGGAGGCAGGGUGUCUGUAAAAAUCUGUCAGCUAAAAGGAAAAGGAACUACAGCACCACCUGAACAAGUGUGGAAAUUCACAAAGACACACCAUCUGAAGAGUUCCUCAUCAGGCAAAUGUUUGACAGUAUCCCGUGGGUACGUCUCUGUGACUAACUGCAAAUCCACCCAUCACAGUCAGACAUGGGACUUCAUAGACUCCUCAUAGAUGUGUGCAUAUAACUUUUCUUUAAGGAUGGUUCCACUUAUGUGAAUGUAAAGUAUAUCUCAAUGCUGUAACACAUACUGAUCAUAAAAGACCCAUUGUUUCUAUAACCUUUUCCUUGCCUAUUGUGGUUGUGAUAUGAUCAAAUCUUUUAGUGUGACUGAUGUAAGAGAUAGGGAACACAAUCCACAGUCCUUGUUACAGGGGAAAAUGCAUUUCAAAGUUCAACUGAAGCUAACAUGCGGCUUCAAGAGAAUGUGUCAAAUUGGUGUUUUCCAAAUACAUUAUUGUUACACUAUACAAAUCCCUCUUUUAGUAACUAUCCCUUUUGUGCAGAUCACCACGAGCAAUCUAGUGAAACAACAAAGGGAUUAUUAUAUUAAAUACAUUUGGGAAAUCACUUUCUCAGACUCCUGAAGCUACAUGUUAGUUUCAGCUGAACUUUAAAAUGUGUUAUUUGCAGAGAAUGACCUCCAUGUCAGUAUUACGUGACUGUUUGGCACGUUUCCUUCCUCUUUCUUUUCUUCUUAAACAUUGUGGUAAAGUAUAGCGAGUUUCCAAAUGAAAAAAAGCUUUAUUGACCAGAUUACGAAGACCAAUAUAUUUCAGAAGAAAUUAUUUCUAAAGGAGAAUAUUUUAACUAUAAAUAAACUAAUUCAAUAAAUAUGCUAUAUAAAAGUUAUUAAAAACGUUACAGUUC